GUGGCUUGAAUAAAGAAUCUAAAGAAAUUUUGAAAGAAAAACCCUAACGUUUAAUACUCUUUUGCAGUUCUUGAAAAAGAAAUUUCAAAUCCUUCAGCGAGACAGUUCCCUCAAGAAUGAAGGGAGCGAAACGUUUCGCGGCAUCGGACUCGGCUGCGGAUAUGAAUGACUCGGUUUUGCGGAAUAAAAGAAUAAUGUCUGGAUCCCCUUUUGAUGCGCAAAGAGCUGAACCGUCACAACAGGUGGGGACACAGCCCUUGGACAUCCACCGAGCCGAGUCAUCUCAGCGACACGUGAGAGCACUCAACAACCAAUUUGCAAGUUGGGUGCAAGCACAACUCAAGAAUCACCCUGAUGAACUUUGGGAAGAUGGUGUGCAAGACUACCUUGCUCAUGCUUCUAACAUUAUGGAGAAGUUCAGUGAUGUCGUUAACUGGCUCAAAGCGAAUGCUGUAAAAGGAGACAAUUCAUCGCCAGCUGAAUCUCAUGUCACUGAGAAGAAAUUGUUGCCUGAAAAUAAGAAUGAGAUAAAACCACUUCAAGAGAAGACACAUUUAACUCGAGAAAAUUCAACCACAAGCUUCACAACUUCAUGGAGCACUGGAGCAUUCUCCAACAGUCAAUCCGGGUUAUUCUCCAACAGCCACUCUGGGUUAUUUUCCAACAGUCAAUCCGGGUUAUUCUCGAACAGUCACUCUGCAUUAUUUUCCAACAGUCAGUCUGGGUUACUAUCCAAUAGCCUCUCUGGAUUUGCCAACACUCAAUCUGGAUUAUUCUCCAACAAUCAAGCCCCUGUCUUGUUCUCCAACAAUCAAUCCCCAUUUACAUUUGGUAUGUAUUGACUAUUUUACUUCAGCAAUAUGCUGUGGUUUUUAAUGGA